AUGAGUUCCUGUCUGUCCGACCCGCUGGAAGCGGUUAAGAUGAGGUAUUGUUCAGCUUGUGACAACAGUUCCGCCACGUACGCCGGGAGGUUCAUUGGCGUCCCCAACAAUCCCGAAACCCGCCACGAAUGGCUCGUUCGCAUGGGAGUAAUAAAACGAACCGAUCCGAUGCCGAAAAGCAAAGCCUUCUUCAUCUGCGAUAACCACUUUGACAAAGAACAUGACUUCUUCCACAAGUCCACCGGAAGUCGGCUCCGUGCGGGGAUCCUACCGUGGCAAAACCUCAAAACCGGCUCCUACAGCUACCAUGGCUGGGAGAAUCCCGUACAAACGGCGCCAGUGCGGCCCUGUCAGUGCGCUUGCUGCAUGCGACCGAAAACGCCAUCGUUCGCCACUACCGUCACGAUCCAAACGGACGACGUCGAAUGCAGUGGAGAUCAAGCCGGCCGGAUGUUCAUACCCGAAGUGCACUGCCGACUGUGCCUUCGUGGCGUGCGGGCCACCAGCGGUAAUCUACGGCGACUGUUUUGCGAGCACACUCAACAGCCGACCGAUCCGGGCCUGAUGGAACAGCUCUACGUUACAACCGGGUUGAUGUUCCACUGGAACCGGGAACCGAGUGCAAUGAUUUGUGCCAACUGCGCACAACAGGCCGAGCAGGCCUAUCGAUUUCGGCUACAAUCGAGAAGCAAGCACCGGACUUACCUGGCAUCCAUGCCGGCGAAGAAGAGAAAGGAGCUGUACCCGGAACAUGUGUAUCCGAAAAGUUCCAACAUCGGAGACGGGACGUGGGAGGAGGGGCUCAUCGAAACCAGGGACAUCGAACAGAUCCAUUUGUUUUCGACGGAGCAGGUUCACAUUAAGACUGAACCGGAUUUGCCACCGCAAUCGGUGGAAGGCGGCGUUAGUAAAAGAUUGAAACGUACUCCGAGGGCCAACGAACCUCGUCCGAUUGGGCAGAAGGAAAUCAAAUCGGAACCUGGACUGGAUGGUGAGCAGAUUGUGACCGACAGCAACCUUCUGGCUGAAAAUGGGAACCACAUUCAGAUUGUUGAUUUUCAGGAGUUCAAUGCCAUGAUGACCAAGAUUAAAACGGAAAAGGGAAGCUAA